AUGAGGCGCAUAUGCGUGUUAAACGCUACAUUGGAUUUGGCAGCGGGAGGGUUAAGCAUUGGGAGCGGGGAUGGGGGAAAGCUAAAUGGGGGGCAAGACGGGCAUGUAAUAUUGCGGGAAGGUCAGGGGUUGUGGCUGUGCAUUGCAUGGGGGGGUGGGGGGAAUCUACGUGGGGGGCAAGACGGGCAGGUAAUGUUGGAGGAAGAUCAGGGGUUGUGCUGUGUGACGUUCAGCGUAUAUUGCCACGCAGCAAGUGCGCCGAAUUUCAGGAUCAGGCUUAGCUGUGUGUGGAACACUGCGUUGAAUUUGGCAGCUGCAGCGCUGUGCACUGAGGGGGGGGUGGCGGAAAGUAAAUGCGGGUAUAUAGUGGUGCGUUUGAGGACGCGAUGCGCUGGUGUGGGUCCGCGAGCUGUGCAUUGA